AUGGACGCCGUGCUACCUUCCCUCCUCAUCGGCGGCGGACUCUCCGUGUCCGUCUCCAUUCCCACCGCCACCAAAGCCGGCAGCCAAUCCAUUUCAGUCCCCCACCUCUCGACCUCCGCCCUUCGUUCAACCACUCGCCAUCGGGGCCGGCGCCGUUUUCUCCUCCUCGCCUCAUCUUCGCAGUCGCCUCCCACGCCACUUUCCGCCGCUUCGACCGAGAGCCAGUCGCGUUCCUCCAGGUGGGUGGUUGUGAUGGAUACGCCCCCCGCCGUCGCCGGAGGCAGCGGGGUGUCCCGCACAGAGGCCGUGGAUUACUACGCAGCCACACUGGCCCAGGUCGUGGGAAGUGAGAAGGAGGCGCAGAUGCGCAUAUAUGAGGCUUCGUGGGAUGGGACCUACGAGUUCCGCUGCGAGAUCGACGAAGAUGCAUCGAAGGAGCUUGCAAAGAUGCCUGGAGUGCUAUCUGUUCAGCCAGAUAUGGGUAACAAAUCAGAGAAUGGUAACCAAAGCUUGAGUCUCUCAACAGCUAACCUUGUAAGCUUUAGUGAUGGUGCUUCAACAUCUUCAAGUGGGAAAAAUGAGUUUUGGAUUGUCAGUAUGGAGAAGCCCGGAGUUCAAGUUGUGACAAAGGCCCAAAUAGUGGAUCACUAUACCCAAAUCCUUAUGAAAGUGUUGGGGAACGAACAGGAUGCCCAGGUUAGCAUAUAUCACAUUUCAUGGGAGAGGAAUUAUGGUUUCUGCUGUCAUAUUGAUGAAGAGUGCGCAAAAGAGUUAGCUGAUGUUCCUGGAGUGUUAUCUGUUCAACCCAAUAUGAACUUUGGAUCAGACAAAAAAGAUUACAAAGAUGAUGAUGGCUUGAAAUCAUCUGAAGAGACUGGAGCGGCCGAUAUCAAAACUAAAAGGCUCUUUGUUACAGGGCUUUCAUUUUAUACAUCUGAGAAAACUUUGCGGGCAGCGUUUGAGCCUUUCGGUGAGCUCGUUGAAGUGAAGAUAAUUAUGGACAGGAUAUCAAAAAGAUCAAAAGGCUAUGCUUUCGUAGAAUACACUACUGAGGAAGCUGGAGGUGCUGCUCUAAAAGCAAUGAAUGGACAGAUAAUAAACGGCUGGAUGAUAGUUGUUGACGUUGCUAAAACUAGAUCGAGAGACCGUCUAUCUGGUGGACCUAAUCAAGCAUUUCGACCACACUAUCAGGCUAGAUGA